CCAAACAUGCGAUUAAUUUUUUCUCCUUUCUUCAUACGCUACCAUAAAAACAAAAUAUAGCAGGAAGCAGAGCAUACGCUAUACAGCCACCGCUACCAUUCUUUAUUGCUUCACCGAUCAGUGAAUUUCAUUGAGAAUCGCGGGCAGUCAGAUCUAAAGAACUAGGCAUACGUAAUUAACCAAAGCCAGAAACGCAUAAUCGCCGCAAAGAGAGAAUACACAUUUGCAGGAAUUGCAGGCAGGAUUUCUUUUACUCAUUCAGAAAUCAGAAUGGCAACAAAUGAAAAUCUCCCACCAAAUGUGAUAAAACAAUUAGCAAAGGAAUUGAGAAAUCUCGAUGAAACUCCACCUGAAGGCAUUGAAGUGAGUGUAAAUGAUGACGACCUCUCCACGAUAUAUGCUGAUAUAGAAGGGCCAGUUGGAACUCCAUACGAGAAUGGUGUCUUCCGAAUGAAGCUGAUAUUAUCUCAUGAUUUCCCCCAUUCACCUCCUAAAGGUUUUUUCUUGACCAAAAUCUUUCACCCGAAUAUCUCAACCAAUGGUGAAAUAUGUGUGAAUGCACUGAAAAGGGAUUGGAGUCCAAGUCUUGGCUUAAGGCAUGUGCUAAUGGUGGUUAGAUGUUUAUUGAUAGAACCAUUUCCAGAGUCGGCUUUAAAUGAACAGGCGGGGAAGAUGCUCCUAGAUCACUAUGAUGAAUAUGCUAGACAUGCAAGGUCAGGACUCAGGAGCAUUUCAAUCAUUUUACCAGACUUCUUUUUCUAACCAAUUUACUUGUUCUGUUAUGAUGUUGUAUAAAGUUUGUAAUAUCUAGGAUUAGAAAAGGGCAUUCAUUGCCAAUGCUGAAGCUCCUAUGCAAUUUCCUUUGGGAGAGUGUGUAUGGGAAAGGAUAAUCUAGGCCAACUUUCCCUUGUUUUUGCAAGGAGAUAACUUGAACCCUGGACUGCCAGGACACAAUGGAGAAACCCCAUCAAUGCCUGGUGUUGGAAAUUGUCCCAGUUACAGACCAGGACCAACCGGUUCCUUAAUUGCAAACCGUUUGACAAGCCCUAACCCGAAACACCUAACUUGUUACUUCCUGAUCUGGCUCUGGUUCUCCUUCUAAAUAGAACUGGACUGCGGCUGAUUCCAAUCUUAUUGUCUUAAGUUAUAAAAUCAGGCAGGACCAGACCGGAACCGGAUAUAGUGUCAAUUUUAGCAAACCCGAAACUGGACCGGUAUUGCUAGUUCUGGUUACUGUUCCUAUGUUAAUGAGGUGGUUCCACCCCUACCAAUGUUCCUGGCCCCAAUAUGUCAUUUAAGGAUAAAUGCAAAAGGAGAAGACAAAAAAAAGGCAAGAGUAUACCUAAGUUACUUUAAGGCCUUAAGGUAACUCGUUAGAUAUUCUUAUGUGUUGCAAAAAGAAGAAAUGAAAAAUGACAAGAAUGUACCUAAGUCACCUUAAGGCCUUAAAUAUUACCUCACCGUAGAGUUAUUAAAAUGCACUUUGUUCCUUAUCUGAGAAUUCAUAUGGGGAAGAAUGCCAAAAAUUGUAAUAGCAAAGAGCAACUAUUUGUAAUAUUCAACGCGAAGUGGAAGAAAGUUCAUCAAAUCGGCUUUGGUUUCUUUAAUGACUUCUGUAUUGCUACUACUGAUUCUGAAUCUCAGGCUUUAUACUGGAAUUCAUGCUUUGAAGCCAAAGCCCAAGGUUAAAGCAGGGACUAUUUCGGAGUCAACGAUCACUCUGAAUGUUAUUGAUCAACAAACUAACACCUGCUCAAUAGACAGUGUUAAGCCGAAGAGUUGUAAUCCUCUCCAACACCGGUCACUGAUCAAUACGAAAGGAGGGACGGGUCAUCUAGAUCACCCAUCCAUACCUUUGCAUCCUAGCCCCAUAGCACUUGUGCAGAAGGAAAGUGGUUUGAGAAGAGUACAUGUGCAUUCUAUAAAAAAGAAAAUAGAUGCGAGAAAGAAAAGCUUAAGGAGAUUGUAAUCUGUUCGAACAAAUGUAGUGACCUUUGCCCCCUGGGUGUUAAAUUCAUAGCUUGGGGAAAGAACAAUGGAAAAAGGACAUCAAUAUAUUGUUGACUUCCUUUUUAUGUGAAGUCUCUUUGGCUAAAUCAUAUCUCCUUUUAUUCAUCAUACCCCAUAAUCGUUCCCAG